AUGGCUAAACGUGCCAUCCAAAGCCGUAGCAGAUAUCAUGAAUAUAUGCCUCCCACCACUGGACUUGCCUUCCAAACAGAUAAGAGGUAUCAUGUGUUUCUGAGUUUCAGGGGACCAGAUGUCAGAAACACUCUGGUUGCUCAUCUCUACCAAGCUCUCUCCGCAGCAGGACUCAAUGUCUUCUUAGACAGUGACAAAUUGGAAAAGGGGGAAGUAAUUGAGUUGAGCUUGGAAACAGUAAUCGAACGCAGUGCCAUACGAAUUCCCAUAUUUUCCACAGGCUAUGCAAACUCGGCUUGGUGUCUCAAAGAGGCCGCUUCAAUGUUGAAAUACCCUGGUUUGAUUAUUCCUCUCUUUUAUGCUGUGGAUCCAGUGGAUGUUAGAUAUCCUUCGAAGAAUUCCAGUCCGUAUAAGCAAUCUUUUCUCAAACAUUAUAGCCAUUCAGAUCAAUACCCAAGAGAAGAGAUUGAGUGGUGGAAGUCUGUCCUUCAACAUAUCUGUCCAUGCCUAAAUUUUGGUGGCCAUUCAGUUCGAUACCCAAGAAGAGAGAUUGACAGUUGGAAGGAUGCUCUUCAAGAGAUCUCUUCUCGCUCAGGCUGGUCCAUGGAUAUAACUCAAGGGGUGACGUUAGAAGUUGCCAAGCAUCCAGUUGGAUUGGACAGCGUGAAGAAUGCUCUCAUUCAGAAACUGAAUCUCAAUUCAGUGGAUGAUGUGAUUAAAAUUGGAAUAUGGGGGAUUGGUGGUAUUGGUAAAACCACAGUUGCCAAGGCUCUAUACAAUCAAGUUUAUAUGGAAUUUGAAGCUGUUUCUUUUGUUUUUAAUAUCAGUGCCACUGCUGCAGAUGAGACAGGGCAAAUCUUUGUUCAAAGAUCGUUUGAGAGGAAAACUCGUACUCUUGUCUUGGAUGAUGUUGAUGCUAUGGUACAAUUGGAUGCUUUGGCUGAGGAUUGGCUCGUCCCUGGCAGCAGGGUUAUAAUAACUUCUAGGGACAUGAACAUUCUCAAUGUUGCAAACAUCUCAUCUGAAUGCAUCCAUGAGAUGAGUGGAUUGGAGACAAAUGAAGCUCUACAAUUAUUUAGUUGGCAUGCUUUUUUAAGAGCACCUCCAAUUCCCGGUUACGAAGAUUUGUCUAGAAGAGUAGUAGAAGCUUGUAAGGGGCAUCCUCUUACAUUAGAAGUGAUAGGAUCCUUCCUCUAUCGUAGGAAAGAUACAAGUUGCUGGAUAGAGGCCCUUAACAACAUUACUCUUAACAACAUUACUUCUUACACCUCUAUAUUCACAUAA